AUUGUACGAUUAGGACCAAAAAUCUGGUUAGAGAAUUAAGAAGUGGGCCCGCCAAAAUCCUCUCGGGGUAAUCCAUAGCCAAAACUGCGGCGAAGCUUUGCAAAAUCUCCCAUUCUUGUCGGUCACCAGUCUCCGCUCUCCAAAUUUUGCCUCCCCACUUCACACUUUCUCUGCAUCCUUUAAACGAUACAAUCAUUAGUAGAAUCGUCUCAAAGUUGCCUUUUGUUUUUAUUUUUUACCCGAAUGUUACCUCCAAACCCUAGCCUUUUUCACGCAAAGCCAUCCCCACUACUCCCUUGCCUAUCCCGGACCUCCCUCCGCUGCUCCGCCACCGGCGAAAUUCCCGCCGGCCUAAUAUUCCCCAAGUGGUUCCACUUCCCGACCUCGACCACGGCAAGUUCCGACAUUUUCGGAGGAGGUGUCCGAAUCGGACAAGACAACCUCGAAGCUCCCGCGGGUAGCAGCAUUAAGGUUAAGAAAUGGUCGAGGAACAGAGAGAGUUAUUUGAGUAAUGACGAUGAUCCUCUCCCUCUUCCCAUGACUUACCCUGAUACUUCCCCUGUUACCCCAGAAGAAAUUGAUAAGCGACUCCAAUGUGAUCCCAAAAUUCAGGAUUGUAAGGAAGUGGUAUAUGAAUGGACUGGGGAGUGCAGGAGUUGUCAAGGGACUGGACUUGUCAGCUACUACAAUAAAAGAGGCAAAGAGAUUAUUUGCAAAUGUAUACCUUGCCUUGGAAUUGGUUACGUGCAGAAGAUAACAGCUCGUAAGGACAUUGAAGUGAUGGAGGAUUUGGAUAAUGGAAAACCACCGUGACAUAAAUAUAGCUUUUCUUUUUAAGCGGGAAUAAUUUGUAAACAGCUUGUCUGAGUUCUAUUCUUUUAACACCUUUUUCCAACAUUUCAUGUAGAUUACCCUUUACAUGGAUAGAGGUGAAAGGCAGCCUCUUUGCGAGAAAAUUUAGGUUAAAAGAUUAGUCUGGUUGACACCUAUCAGAGGCUAAAGGAAUUGCUUGUAACUUUAUCAAAGAAUGUAUUCUUAAGGUUCUCUUCCUCUGCCA